CAUAGACAUUUCUAUGAGUACGGAGUGAGAAAUCAAUCUCUAUGAACGGUUGCUGGUAUACACAUCACAUGACAAGUGUAUGGGGAAAAAAUAGUCGAAGAAAAAACGAAAGACAAAUAUGAAUAAGCCCUCAUCAGUCAUCAUAGCCUUUCUUCCUGCUCGAAGCUCUCACCCUUUCUAUCAUUUCUCUUUCCUCUAUGUGCCGCUAAAAUUUAUGAAAGAGCAAUGAAUGGUAGGUCCAGUGGCUGGCCCUCAGUUAUUGAGCUCAACUUCUUUUUUUUAUGUACAAUUUUCUGUUUGUGCAUCAGCCAAUUCUAAGCUAGCAGAAAACAUCACCAUUUAUCUUCCCACAUAUAGACAGACUCGAACUCAGUAACUCACAAGUCAUGCCCUUUUCUUGCUAUGGUUUGUUGGGGAGUAAUUAUUGCCCCUGCAGUAACUUAUUUCAACAGUAAACAGACAAAGGUUCAUUCAAGCCUAUAAAAAUGUAGCUAAAGGAAACGAACAUUGUUAACCUGGUUUUUCUCCCUCUCUUCCAAGUUCUCCUCUGCAACUUCUUCCUCCACUUUCAAACUCCCACCUAUUUGUCUUGCUGGACGCAAUGGAGAUUGAGCAAAUUUCCUCUGGUGAUGGUGAUGGUCACCUUGCUGGAACUUGCCAUGCUACUGAGGGUGGUGCAUCAAAGGAAGCUGGAGAUGUAGCAGCAGAGGCUGCUUACCUUGUGUGGGAAGAUUUAAGCGUGGUGCUUCCAAAUUUUGGUGAUGGACCAACUAGGAGAUUGCUUGAUAGACUCAAUGGAUAUGCUGAGCCUGGGAAGAUCAAGGCUGUCAUGGGUCCAUCUGGGUCUGGGAAAACAACUCUUCUUGAUGCAUUAGCAGGUAGGCUGCCAGGGAAUGUGGUGAUGACUGGGAAUAUCCUACUUAAUGGAAAAAAGAAGAGGCUCAACUAUGGCGGUGUUGGUUAUGUAAGACAAGAAAAUACACUGCUGGGGACUCUCACUGUGAGAGAGACCAUAAAAUACUCUGCUCACUUGAGACUUCCAAGCACAAUGAAGAAAGAAGAAAUUGAUGACAUUACAGAGGGAACUAUAGCGGAAAUGGGUCUCCAAGAUUGUGCAGAUCGAUCGAUUGGGAAUUGGCAUUUAAGGGGCAUAAGUGGUGGGGAGAAGAAAAGACUAAGCAUUGCACUUGAAAUCCUCACUAAGCCUCACCUUCUAUUUCUAGAUGAGCCUACUACUGGCCUGGACAGUGCCUCGGCUUUCUUUGUGGUUCAAACUCUGAAAAACAUUGCUAAAGAUGGAAGAACAAUCAUAUCUUCGAUACACCAGCCAAGCAGCGAAGUUUUUGCACUUUUUGAUGACCUUUGCUUGUUGUCUGGUGGUGAGACUGUUUACUCUGGAGAGGCAAAAAUGGCAGCAGAGUUCUUGGCUCAAGCUGGAUUCCCUUGUCCCAUAAGGCGAAAUCCUUCUGAUCAUUUCCUACGUUGCAUUAAUUCAGACUUCGACCAGAUCAAACUUCCUUUAAUGGGAUCUAAACAGGACAUUGGUAAACCGCUGGAAUCUUCAACAUACUUACCCACAGGAGAGAUCAAGGCAAUGCUAAUCAAGCAAUACAGGCCAUCCAACUAUGCAGCCAGGGAAAAGGAAAGAAUGAAGGAAAUCCUGGUUACUAAAGGAAGUGCGAUUAAAAGAAAAGUGACAAGGCAAGCGAAUUGGUCGAAGCAACUCUGCACAUUGACACAAAGAUCUCAUGUGAACAUGAGGAGAGAUUUGGGUUACUAUUGGGUCAGGAUAGGAAUCUAUGUAGUCUUGUCUGUAUGUGUCGGUACCAUCUUUUUCGAUAUUGGAACAAGUGGUUCAAUCUUUACAAGAGGAGCCUAUGCCGGGUUCAUUUCAGGCUUCAUGACAUUCAUGUCCAUUGGGGGCUUUCCUUCCUUCAUUGAGGAAUUGAAGGUUUUCCAUGAAGAAAGACUAAACAGGCACUAUGGAGUCGGGGUUUACAUUCUAUCAAACUUCUUCUCUUCAUUCCCUUACUUGAUAGUUAUGUCACUCUCCACGUCGAGUAUUACCUAUUACAUGGUGAAAUCUAGUGCUGGGUUUUCAGGAUUUGUAUUCAUCUUUCUAGACCUUCUAAGCUGUACAGCAACUGUUGAGAGCUGCAUGAUGACCAUAGCCUCACUUGUUCCCAACUACCUAAUGGGUAUCGUUAUUGGAGCCUGCUAUAUCGGGAUCCUAAUGAUGACUUCAGGUUUCUUCCGUUUCCUGCCUGAUCUUCCUAAGGUUCUGUGGCGUUACCCAAUCUCUUAUGUCAACUUUGCUGUAUGGGGACUACAGGGAGCAUACAAGAACGACAUGAUCGGGCAGGAGUUCGAAGCUCUAGUACCUGGUGGGCCAAAGCUGAAAGGUGAAGUCUUCCUGACCACAAUGCUGGGAGUCAACAUUGGAUACUCCAAGUGGUGGGACUUAGCUGCAGUUGCUGUGAUCCUAAUAGCUUUCAGACUUGCCUUCUAUGCAAUCCUCAAGUUAAAGGAGAGAUCUUCGCCAUUGCUGAGGGAGAUCUACACCAAGCGAACACUGCAUCAUCUCAAGAAGAAAAGGCCAUCUUUUAGGAUUUCGAGUUCUGCGCGAUUCCCUUCUAAGAGGCAUCAACAAGUCCUUCAUUCUUUGUCUUCUCAAGAAGCCUAUGCCCAGAUGGAAGCACACGGCGGGACUCCUGAUAGCUCCACUCUGCCUCUGGUAUUCAAGGCUUGUAGCAGGUUGAACGCGGUCGAGAAAGGGAGGAGGAUACACGGGGUUAUCCAAGAUACCGAUUUGAUUCGAGAUGUCCGAGUCCAAACAGCGGUGAUUGAUUUUUACUGCAAGUGUGGGUUCGUCCAUGAAGCUGACCAAGUGUUCGACGAAAUGCGCCAGCGAGACUUGGUGUCCUGGAACGCCAUGAUAGCUGGGUACGUGGGAUGUGGGUACUUCGUGGAGGCAAUUGGGUUGUUUAGGAUGAUGCAGAAGGAGGGGUUCCAGCUGAAUUCCCGUACGUUGGUGCAGCUGCUUCUGGCGUGCAAAGGGGUUUCGGAGCUCAGGUUGGGGAAGGAGAUACAUGGGUAUUGCUUGAGGAAUGGCUGUUUUGAUCGGGAUCCCCAUGUGGGCACUGCUCUGGUUGUGUUCUAUUUGAACUUUGAUGUGGAGGUUUCUGGUCUUGUGUUUGAUCUGAUGGAGGUGAGGAGCUCUGUGAGUUGGAAUGCGAUGAUGACAGGGUACUUUGAUGCAGGGUAUCCAUUGAUGGCUUUGGAGCUUUUUGUUCAGAUGCUUAUGCUUGGUGUUCAGCUUGAUUUCGUUACGACAUUGGCUGCUGUUCAAGCCUGCUCCGAAUUCGGCUGUCUGAGACUGGGAAUGCAAAUCCAUCAAAUGGCUACGAAGUUGGGUAACUGCAGCGAUCUGUUCAUCCUAAACGCGUUGCUCAACAUGUACACCGAGCUCGGAAGUCUUCAUUCAGCUUCUAAGAUAUUUGAUAGCACCAGGGUUCGCGAUGUUGCCCUGUGGAACUCCAUGAUAGCUGCACAUAUAGAAUACGGUUAUCGUGAAGAGGCCAUUGAUUUGUUCAUCAGAAUGAGAACUGAAACUGGGGAAGAUGCUAGGACAUUAGUUAUUCUGUUCUCUUCUUGUAGAGAGGCUGUAGAUGGCUUGGAAAGGGGUCGAGCAUUGCAUGCUCAUGCCUUGAAGCUCGGGAUCAGGAUGGAUGUUGCAGUAGGAAAUGCAUUGUUAAGUAUGUACGCGGACCUGAAUCGUCUAGAAGCAGCAAAGAAAGUCUUCUCUGACAUGGAAGAGGUUGAUGUUGUAUCAUAUAACUAUUUGAUUUCUGCAUUGGCAAGCAACAAUUACAAGGAUGAAGCUUGGGAGCUCUUCGGAGCAAUGAUGCUGCAACAAUCAGAAAUCAUGCCAAACUCUUACACAAUGGUGUCUCUGCUUUCUUGUUGUGGAGAUGAAACUUAUCUCAAUGUCGGGCGAUCCAUCCAUGGAUUAGUGAUUAAACAUGGUAUUAAUAUUGAUCCAGCAUUGAACACUGCUCUUGCUGAUACAUACAUGAUUUGUGGCGACGAAGAAACAGCGAGGAAUCUGUUCGAGGUCUGUUCACGUAGAGACCUGAUCUCAUGGAACGCUAUGAUUACUGCCUACGUGAGAAAGAACCAAACUGAUGAAGCUCUAUCACUAUUGAGCCGUAUGAUCACUGAGGUGGAGCCGAACUCCAUCACCAUUAUCAACAUUCUCUCGGCAUGUACCGACCUUGCCAAUUUGCCUCGUGGACAGCAAAUUCAUGCAUAUGCAGCCCGCAGAUUCUCCCCUCUCGAAUUCCACCUCUCUCUUGCUAAUGCUUUCAUCACAAUGUAUGCAAGAUGUGGCAGUCUACAGGGUGCUGAAAACAUCUUCAGAACUCUGCAGGAGAGGAAUAUCAUCUCGUGGAACGCCAUGAUCAGUGGUUAUGCCACAAAUGGCUCCUCUGAUGAUGCCAUCCAAGCCUUGAUGGACAUGUUGGAAGAAGGUUUCCAGCCUAAUGGCCUGACGUUCUUAUCCGUACUGUCUGCCUGCCGCCAUGGUGGUUUAAUAAGGAAAGGUCUGCAGAUUUUCAGUUUCAUGGUUCGCGACUUGAAACUAACUCCUCAACUUGCUCACUACGGGUGCAUAGUUGAUCUACUUGUCCGUGGUGGGUUCUUACAAGAAGCUAGAGAGUUCAUCGAUUCCAUGCCGGUGGAACCUGAUGCAUCGAUCUGGAGAAGUCUACUGAGUGGGUGCAGAAUUCAUUGUGACCCGGAAAUGGCAGCAUCAGUUUUCCGAAAGCUAGUCGAUCUGGAGCCAAUGAAUCCCGGAAACUAUGUUUUGCUGGCCAACAUAUAUGCUGCAGCAGGGCUUUGGUCUGAGGUUAGGAAUGUAAGAGCAUUGCUGAAAGAUAAGGGUUUGAAAAAGCCUCCAGGAAUUAGUUGGAUCAUUCUUGGGGGUCAAGUUCACUCUUUUGCUGCAGGAGAUACAUCACACCCUAGUUCUGUUGAGAUUUAUGCUAAUUUGAAUUCUCUGUUGGAUCAGUUCUUCAGAUCAGAUUUCCAGGUUUUCCACCAGGGCUAA